GAUCUGCUUCUGGGGUCAAAGGUAGUUCUUCCGGUUGACAAAGCUGCAGCCAACAGAUGCGAGAGGAGGUAAAAUCCCCGGAGCAUAUUUUAACGACACACCUGUCAGGUUCCUCCGAGUAAAAUCAGAAGAUGUUGAGGAGGAAACCGACUCGUCUGGAGCUGAAGAUCGACGACACCGAAGAGUUCGAGAGCGUCAAGAAAGAGCUUGAGGCCAGGAAGCGUCAACGUGAGGAGGCGGAGUCAGGAGGUGGAGUGGGCGGGGCUUCUGUCAUCAGUGUUGACAUAAUCGGGGGCGGGGCUUCAACAUCUUCAACAGCCGCUUCGAGGGCGGAGCUUAUAAAUGAGCGAAUAGGUUACAAGCCCCACCCCAAACCGGCCACGCUGCCGACCUUAUUUGGAAGUUUACAGUUUUAAUAAAUUACAAUAAAAAUGCUUAAUCAGAAUAA